GCCACAUUGGACAGUACACAACCAACGAAGGACAAUGAGAAUUCAAACCAUAGUGAGGGAGGUCUUCAAAAGGUAACUGAAAAGGAGGGCAAAAAAGAACUUGAAGCUAAGAAGGACUUGAACCCAGUUCAAGGCAAUAAAGAUGAGCAAGGCACUGCACAAAGGGGAGUUUCUGAGGUAAAGCAGAUAUCUGGUGAUCCCAUUGCAUCAGCUCCACAGAAAAAUUUGGUGAGCAAAGAUGUUCCUGUUAAUUCGACUUCAUCGUCAUCUCCUACGUCAGUGUUGCUAGAACAUAUCCCAAAGGACCAAGUGUCCUCAUCAAUUUCUAACCCUGAGGAUGCCUCAAAAUCUGAGGUGGUUGACAAGGUGAAAAGUAAUUCAUCAGAAGAGAAGCCGCAUGACAGUACGCUGUUGGCACCUCAAAAUGUAAUGCAUUCUGUGGAGAAACCAACAAAUCAGCAAUCCAAUACAAGUGAUUCUAAAACAUCACAGGAACCAGGUAAGCCUCCAGAGAAGUCCACUGAGGAAAUCAACAUCAUAUUGAAUAAACAAGCUGAAGAUAUUGGGAAUUUAUCACAAAAAGCAAAAGAAGCUGCUUCAGUAUUAAAAAAACAAGCUGAUGAAGUUGAAAAGGUUUCACAAAAAGCAACAGAAGCUGCUGCUGAACUCCAAAAACCAGCUGAAGAAACAGGAAAUAUGUCACAGAAAGCAACAGAGGCUACUUUAGAUAUGAAAAAAUCAGCUGAAGAAAUUUGCAGUGCAUCACAAAAAGCAAACGAGGUAGUUUCAGAGAUUAAAGUACCAGCUGAAGGAAUUAUAAAUGUAUCACAAAAGGCAACAGAAGCUGCGGCAGAAUUAAGAAAAACAUCUGAAGAAAUUGCAAAUGUAUCACAAAAGGCAACUACAGUAGAAUUAAAAAAACCAGCUGAAGAAAGUGUGAAUGGAUCAAAUAAAGCAACGGAGGCUGCUGCACAAUUUAAAAAACCAGCUGAAGAAAUUGAAGAUGUAUCACAAAAAGCUAGAGAGUCUGAUGCAGAAUUGAAGAAACCAGCUGAGGCAAUAGUAAAUGUAUCACACAAAGCAACAGAUCCCACAGUAGAAUUCAAACAAUCAGCUGAAGGAGUUGGGAGUGUAUCCCAAAGGGAAACAGAGGCUGCUGCACAAUUAAAAAAACCAGCUGAAGAAAAUGAAAAUGUAUCGCAAAAAGCUUCAAAGGUUGAUGCAGAAUUGAAUAAACCAGCUGAGGAAAUUAGAAAUGCAUCAGAAAAGCAAACAGGGGAUGCUACAGAAUUUAAAAAACCAGCUGAAGAAAUUGGAAAUGCAUCACAAAAAGCAACAUAUUCUACUUCAGAUUUGAAAAACCCAGCUGAACAAAUAGGAAAUGUAUUGCAAAACACAACAGAAGCUGCUUCAGAAUUGAAAAAAGUGAGUGAUGAAAUUGGAAGUGUAUCAACAAAAGAAACAGUGGCUACUGCAGAGUUGAAAAAGCCAGCUGAAGAAGUUGGAAGUUUAUCACGAAAGGCGACAGAGGCUCCUGCAGAACUAAAAAGGCCACCUGGAGAAAUUGGAAGUGUAUCACAAAACGCAAAUGAGGCUCCCGUACAGUUGAAAAAUCCAUCUGAAGAAAUUGGAAGUGUACCACAAAGAGCAAGGGAUGCUCCUGCAGAAGUGAAAAAACUAGCCGAAGAAACAGGAAAUGUAUCACAAAAAGCAUCACAGACUGCUGCAGAAUCUUUAAAACAAAGUGAAAAAACUGAAAAUUUAUCAGGAAAAGCAAUAGAGGUUACUGCAGAGUUAAAAAAACCAACAGAAGAAAUGGGAAAUGUUUCACAAAAAGUAAGAGAAGGUCCUGCAGAGUUCGAAAAACCGAUUGAAAAAAUUGGGAGUGCAUCAGAAAAAGCAACAGAGGCUGCUGCAGAAUUGAAAAAAUCUGCUCAAGAAAUUGGAAGUGGAAGUGCAUCACAAAAAGCAACAGAGGCUCAUGCAGAAUUGAAAAAAGCAUCGGAAGAAAUUGAAAGCGGAUCACAAAAAGGAACAGAGCCUGCUGGAGAAUCCAAAAAACCAGCUGAAAAUAUUGAAAAUGUCUGGGGAAAGACAGCAGAGGCAACUGCAGGGUUGGAAAAACCAGAAGUUGGAAGCACUUCAGAAAAAAUAACGGAUACUGCUGCAGAAUUGGAAAAACCAAUUGAAGAAAAUGGAAAUGUAUCACAAAAAGCAACGGAGGCUCUUAUAGAAUUGAAAAAACCAUCUGAGGAAAUUGGAAGUGUAUCACCGAAAGUGACAGAGACUCCUGCAGAAGUGAAAAGGCCAGCUGAAGAAAUAGGAAAGGUAUCAGAAAAAGCAAUAGAAGCUGGUGCAGAAUUAAAAAAAACAGAUGAAAAAGUUGAAAACUUACUAGAAAAAGCAACAAAGACUGCUGCAGAACUGAAAAACCCAACUGCAGAAAUUGGAAGUGUUUCACAAAAAGCAACCAAAGUUUCUGCAGCUGAAAAGAGUGGAAGUAUAUCACAAAAAGCAACAGAGGCUGCUCCAGAAUUGGAAAAAACAACAGAGGUUGCUGUAGAGCUGAAAAAACCAGUUGAAGCAAUCAAAACUUAACAAAGACUCUAUUGAAGAUACUGAAACUGUAUCACGAAAAGCAACCAAGGAACAAGAAGAUUCUCCAAAAAAGAGGCUUGAAGUUUUAAAUGAAGUUGGUGAUCAAGUAGUCAGUUGGAGGAAGACUAGAAGCAGUUAGUGUAUAGAAGGAGGUAAAGGUGGACUUCAUCAAAGCCAGCUGAUGCCAGAGGCAACUUGGAAGCCAUCAAAGAUGUAGAAUGUGAAUCUAAAACUUCAGUGAAAUAUGAACAGGCUGUUGAUCGGUCAAACUGAACAGUAAAAAUAGUAAAAUCAUCUGUGCAACUGCUGUAGAAGGAUACAGAAUAUAAUGCUUCAACAACUGUUUACCAGAUUCAUUUGGGUUUCCGGAAGAGUAGAGCAGGACUAUUUAAAUGUUUAUAAUCUGUAACAUGUCAAAUUUCAAUUGUCUUUCCGCUUUUCUUGUGAAUUGAAUGUGGAUAUCUACUUUGA